CACAGCAGCAAUGGCAGACAUAUAUCAACUCUCCGUGGAGCGUCCUCACAUCACCCUGUCCCCAGGCAACGAGAUCGCGGGGUUUGACUGCCUCCAGACGCCGAUCACGACGUUCACGGAGCUCCUAAAUGCAGCGCAAUCCGUCGAGAUCGACACCUCUGCCAAGAAGGGGGAUACAAACCCGAACCCAGACUAUCCAAUGAUCCAGCGCCGUCUUCGGAACCGCGUGUCUUGCCGCAAGACGCGACUUAAGCGCAAGCUUCAGCAACACGAGCUGGAAGUUUUAGCUCGUGAGCGUCAAGAGCGCCAUCAGUAUCUCACGCAGCUCGCACACAAGCUCGGCGUUAUUGACGACCAAGACGGCGAGCACAGCGACCGUAAAGUUGAACUCUUUCGUGAGCUCGCAGCGAGAAGCCUGCACUACGCACUGGUCGAUCACGAGUAUUCCGGGUGGGUCGAUGCUGGCAGCGACCAAUACGACGUCCUUGCCACUACGGACGCCACACAAGACAGCGAAGAAGCUGUCGAUCCACCGACGAGGCGAUACAAGCGACUCCGCCGUUCUCAUGAUAAGGAUGUCUCGACUUCACUUUCGAGUGAUCUAUCAGCUCCUCAAGCCUCGCUCUUUGAGCAAUGGCGAUUGGUUAUCGACGGCCUACAGAACGUCGACCUGAGGCUGUAUCGAAUGGAUGAGCAUGAUCUCGGAGCUGGUGUCUACGAACGACUCUGCUACUGGAAGUUCGUUGGUGUGAGCUCCGCGAAGGUGCAACAUGAAGGUGAGAUCGCUGCUGUUGCAGUCACCGGAGUCACCCGCCUGAGGUUCCAUCAACGACAUGUACUGGAGAUCAACAUCAACUCGAUCAGACGUGAACACAAUGUCCCCUUCGACUUUGGUACGAGCCUCAGCAACAACGACACCACCAACUAGGUCCAGUUCAUCCCACUGUGACCACGAAGUUUGUACCAAGUUCAUAUCUUAUCGUGACGCUCGAAACAUUAAACCACGCCGAACAGUAAAGCAGCGCGUUCUUCACAUUCUCGUU